AUGACUUCCACGAUAAGCUUUGUUUACUUAAAGGAGAACCGACAGGCUUCCAAAAUAUGGAAAGUUGAAAUUCUAUCUGCUGGUCCGACUGUAGUCAUAUGUAGUUUCUGCUAUAACCUAGUAGUACUAAUUAUAAAAGCAGUGCUUGUGGUGCUAUCUGUUAUCUUGGUUAUUGUACAUUUUAGUCGAAAGGAGGCUAAAAAGGGGGGUAACGUGUAUUGGGUGAUAAAUGUGAUAUUAAUUCUCAUCGGACUUGUGUGCCUUGUCCUUGCUAUAAUACAGAUAUUGUAUGUGGAAAGUGUUAUAGCUUGUCCUGACCUAACUCUGUGUUUGGAUAAAGCUGGACAUGAUGCAGCUAUAGCUUUUAUUGUCCUCGGAUUCAUAGCAGCUAUAGUUUGUAUCGUUUUGUUUGUAAUAAGAAUAAAACAAAGAGAUCAAAGCAAAGAAACAAAUGAGACAGAAAUGAAACCAAACUCGGAGAAGGAAGUGAACGGAACUCCUCGACCGCUGCCUGUGCCUAAAAACUCUUAAAACUCUCAUUUUACAACUGUGAUUCUGAAACAUUUUAUACAUGAAUUUAUUAUCUGAUUUAAAUAUUUUGUAGGCAUAUUUUAUUUAAUCAUGCUUGGUACUUCUCAACAGGCCUCAUUUGAAUUACUUUUAUUUUUUUGGUUCAGUACACCAUUCAGCAUUUAUUUAAUGAUUAGAAUGUAUACCCAAAUACGAAUUUUUCAUCACAUGAAAUAUCUACACGUAGGAAUAAUAAUCCUGAAUAUGCUAUUCACAAGUAUAUGCUUACUGUACAGGGUAAAGCAGCUUUGAGAGGUAUAUACGUGAUAUUAUGUACAUAGUAUUCAAUAAACUAUCCUAUAGUCUGUCAAAGAUAUGCGAUCUCGAAAAGCAUCAAAAUUAACACAAAAAAUAAGUCGAAAUUGAUUAUCAUUACAGACAUUAAGCAAGAUCAUUCUUUCGUAUUAGGCCAUCAUUUGUGUCCCAUAAAAUUUGUUUGUUUAACAUAUUCUAUUUCAUUCUAUUCUACUUAUGUGUGUAGUGUUAUCAUUUUUGUGAAUAUAAUUUAUGAAAUUUAUUAUGCCUAUAUAAUAAGAAAUCAAGCUCGUGAGAUGCCUUGUGCAUAAGUGACAAUGUAUAACAUUCUCAUUUUUAACUGUAAUGUAAAUGCACCAAUACUUUAAGUACAUGAAAAACAAAUUGAAAGUUAAGUGAGAACGUUCUAGGUUGUUACGAUACAUUAAACUUCCUGUGUAUAUAUUUUUAAUUGCAGUGUGUUUAGGGUAGGUGUUUUAGUUAUUGUAACUUUUCAGAAUACAUGUAUAUACAAUAAACAACUUUAUCGUAGGCCUACCUGAAAUUUACAUGAACCGUCCAAUAAAAAAAAGUUGAUAUCCAAUAAAAAAAAAAGUUGAUGUUGACAUACUAACUUGGAAAUUCAACAUACUAACUUGAAAAUUCAACAUACUAGCUUGAAAAUUCAAGUUACUAACUUGAAAAUUCAAGUUACUAACUUGAAAAUUCGACAUAGUAACUUGAAAAUUCAACAUACUAACUUGAACAUACUAACUUGAAAUUCAACAUACAAGCUUGAAAAUUCAACAUAUUACUAACUUGAAAAUUUUCAAGUUAGUAUGUUGAAUUUUCAAGUUAGUAUGUUGAAUUUAGUAACUUGAAUUUUCAAGUUAGUAUGUUGAAUUUUCAUUUUAGUAUGAUGAAUUCUAAUUUUAGUAUGUUGAAUUUUCAAGAUACUAACUUGAAAAUUCAACAUACUAACUUGAAAAUUUAAGAUACUAACACAUACUAACUUGAAAAUUCAAGUUACUAACUUGAAAAUUCAAGUUACUAACUUGAAAAUUUAAGUUACUAACUUGAAAAUUCAAGUUACUAACUUAAAAAUUCAAGUUACUAACUUAAAAAUUCAAGUUACUAACUUAAAAAUUCAAGUUACCAACUUGAAAAUUCAACAUGCUAACUUGAAAAUUCAAAACAAAAAAAAAUGAAUGGCCCUAAUACGAAUUAACCCAAAGCUAAUAUAUUUGUUUUACGCUGUCUCUUGUGAAAUAAUUUUGUAUUAAAUGUUUUAUAUAGAAAUUUGCUCUGU